AUGAACAAUGCCUGCCGGAGGCAAGUGCCAAAACCAUCCUGGCCAACAUCAAAUCCAAGUGGGCGUUUCUCAAUGGAUAUCUACCCCCCUCCAGAUACCAAAGUUCAAACUAUCGGCUUCUCUGAAUUCUGCGAAGUCGAGGGCCAGACGUUCAAACGUCGAAAGGGAACACAAAAAUGGGCUCAGCUCGACCCUGAUGACAAUCCAGGUCAUCACGAUCACCCGCUACAACUCUCACUUGUCCACCACAACCAAGCCCCCGGCGAACCUAUCCACUGGGCACUCUACGUCGCUCGCGAAAACGAUCCUGGCAUGGUAUACGAAGUAAACGGGGAUGCGGAAUGUAUGGCUUACACGCCUUCCUCGGAUCCCGUCCAAAUCCUCGAUUCCGAUACAUUCCAGGACAUAUUUCUUCUCGCCAACCUGACCGAUGGACAAGCCGCCGUCGUGAGGCAGCUUGCUGAACAAGAACCUCCACCUAGAGCUGCGAGCCGGAAGGAAGUCAAGGAGAACUGUCAAGGCUGGGCCGUUCGUGUACUCGCUCGCCUAGCGGAGAGAGGAAUCGUCGAUACGGUCAAGGUCGAUAUGGCGAGGUCGAUGGUGCAGCCAAUUUGA